AAUAGCGAGAAAAAUUUCUGCGCAUGCGUAGCUGGUGAUCGUCCGUUUUCCCGCUAAAUUUUGGCAUGAGAGAAGUCCAAAACAGUGCGUGAAAAAGGCGAUUUCUAGCAGGAUCGCGAGCUUUUGGUGUGAUUUAACGUAGCCCAGGAGGUCUAGUAACACUAGAAGCAACCAUGGGCUUCUUGCGGGAGCUGGAGAUGGAGAAUUUCAAGUCCUACCGGGGCAAACAGACCAUCGGGCCCUUCAAACAAUUCACCGCCAUCAUAGGACCAAAUGGGGCAGGGAAGUCAAACCUCAUGGAUGCCAUCAGUUUUGUGCUUGGAGAGAAGACGACACUUCUGCGAGCGAAGCGCCUGUCGGACCUGAUCCACGGCACGCCAGUGGGGAAACCGGCGGGAAACAAGGCCUCCGUAACGGCGGUGUACGCUGAGGACGACGGGUCCGAGAUUCGCUUUACCAGAGUUGUCCACGCAUCUGGGUCUGCAACAGACUACAAGGUGAACGGCAAGUCUGUGGGUAUGCAGGCGUACCAACAGGAGCUGGAGAAGCUGGGUAUCCUCAUCAAGGCCAAGAACUUCCUGGUGUUCCAGGGUGCUGUGGAGUCCAUCGCCAUGAAGAACCCUAAAGAGAGGACAGCUAUGUUUGAGGAAAUCAGCAGGUCUGGAGAGCUUGCUGAAGAGUACGCCAAGAAGCGUGCAGAGAUGUUGAAGGCUGAGGAAGACACCUCCUUCAGCUACCAGAAGAAGAAGGGCAUUGCGGCUGAGAAGAAGGAAGCCAAGCAGGAGAAAGAUGAGGCAGAGAAGUACCAGCGACUCAAGGAUGACUUGGUGAGAGCCCAGCUCCAGCUGAAGCUGUUCAAGCUGUACCACAACGAGCAGGAGAUAAAGAUCCACCGAAGGGAGCUGGACGCCAAGACGGGAGAAGUGGACAACCUCCUGGCUCACAGGGACAGCAUCGAGGAAACCAUCAAGACCAAGAAAAAGGAACAUGGCAAGAUGGGACGGGACAUGGCAGUCAUCGAGAAGAACAUCAGGGAGAAGGAAGUGGAGUUGAACAAGAAGAGACCACAGUAUAUCAAAGCUAAGGAGAACACAGCCCACAUGAUGCAGAAACUGGCUGCAGCAGAAAAGUCCCAGAAGAAUGCCAAGAAGGCUCAUGAGAAGCACUUGAAGGAGAUCAAGGACCUGGAGCGAGAGAUUGAUGAGGUGGAGCGCCGACGGAAGGAGUUUGAAGCUAAGAUAGAAGAGGAGAGUCAGAGCCAAGGACGAGAUAUCCAGCUUGAACAGGAACAGGUGAAAGAGUAUAAUCGACUGAAGGAAGAGGCAGGGAAGAGGGCAGCGCAGCACUCAGCCGAACUGGACGGCGUGAACAGGCUUCAGCGGACAGACCAGGACCGCUACGACAACGAGAUGAGGAAGAAAAAUGAGGUGCAGGCCCGGAUCAAGCAGAAAGAACACGAGAUGGAGGAGAACAAGAAACGUCUGGACAAACUUGAAGAGUACAUCAAGAAGAGCCAGGCAUCGGUGGAAGAGCAGAAGGAGCAGCGUGCUCGUCUGGAAAAGGAUGUCGAUGUCGCCAAGGGCCGCAUCUCGUACAUCAACAGGGAACUGGAGUCCAUCGUAGGGGAGCUGGGCGAGGCUAAGGUUGACCGUCAGGAGAGUGCCCGCAGUGCGAAGAAACAGGAGCUUAUGGAGAAUCUCAAGCGGCUCUUCCCAGGAGUGUAUGGCCGUCUGAUAGAUCUCUGUGAGCCGACCCAUCGCAAGUACCAGAUCGCCAUCACCAAGGUGAUGGGAAAGAACAUGGACGCCAUCGUGGUGGACGCGGAGAAGACGGCGCGUGAUUGUAUCCAGUACAUGAAGGAACAGCGCUCAGAACCGGAGACGUUCCUCCCGCUGGAUUACAUCGAAGUUCGAGGGACCAAUGAAAAGCUUCGGGAAAUCCGUAGCCCCCACGGCGUGAAGCUGGUAAUCGAUGUGAUCCGGUACGAGCCGGCCUCCGUGAAGAAGGCGCUCCAGUUCGCCUGUGGCAACUCCCUGGUGUGUGAGUCACCUGAUGACGCCAAGAAGGUCGCCUUCGAAAUGGGGGAGAGACACAAGGCUGUGUCCCUGGAUGGAACAAUGUUUCAGAAGUCUGGUGUCAUCUCAGGAGGAGCCACUGACCUGAAAGCAAAGGCACGCCGCUGGGACGACAAGCGACUGGAUACGCUGAAGGUCCGCAAAGACGAGCUGACGUCAGAGCUGAAGGAACAGCUCAAGAACAAACGGAAGGAGUCCGAGCUCAACACCAUCAAAUCACAGAUCAACGGGCUGGAAACACGCCUUAAGUACUCACAGACGGACUACAACACCACGCGAGACCGUCACUUGAAGAAGAACGAGGAAGACCACCAGAAGUUCAGUCAUGAACUUGAGCUGUUUGACCCACGGUUACAGGAGAUAGAGAACAGGAUGACAGAACGUGCCAAACACAUCCAGGCACUGAAGGAGAAGAUGAACCGUGUGGAGGAUGAGGUCUUUGCAGACUUCUGUCAAAGCAUCAACGUUGAAAACAUAAGACAAUAUGAAGAACGCGAACUUCGCGUACAACAAGAGCGCACCAAGAAGCGACUGGAGUUUGAGAACCAGAAGUCCCGCUUGUCCAACCAACUGGACUAUGAGAAAUCUCGUGACACCGAGGCGAGCGUGAAACGGUAUGAGAAGGAAGUGAAGAAAGAUCAGACCGACUUGGAGAAACUCAAGGCAGAGGAGACCAAGCAUAUGAAGGUGAUAGACAAUGAACAGAAGAACUUGGAAGACUUGAAGAACUCUCGGCUGCUGAAGAAGACGAUGAUGGAUGAUAAGAACACGGAGAUUGAGUCUAUCCGUAAGGACAUGGCCGUGGUGCAGAAGGACAUCAACCACACCCAGAAACAGGUCACCGCCCUGGAGACCAAACUGGAGCAGAAACGGGCAGACAGACACAGUCUGCUCAAGUCAUGCAAGAUGGAUGACAUCAAGUUGCCCAUGAAGAAAGGAUCUAUGGAGGACAUCACCGAGGCUGGUGAGAUCUCUGGUAGCCAGGGGGAGUCUGAGUCAGGUGUGGACAGUGGCAGCACCCAGGGGGCCAAGCAGAUCUACGAACGCGAGGCUCAGAUUGAGAUCAACUACCGUGAACUCAGCAGGGAUCUCAAAGAUCUGGACACGACAGAUGAGGUCCGCACCAUGAGUGACAAACUUGCCUCCGAGGUCGUCAACAUGCAGUCCAACCUGCAGCGGAUAUCUGCACCUAACAUGAAGGCCAUGGAAAAGUUGGAUGCAGCCCAAGAACGUCUUCAAGAAACAGCUAACCAGUUUGAGGAAGCACGCCGCCGCGCCAAGAAGGCCAAGCAGAACUUCGAGAUGGUUCGCAAAGACAGAUUCGACAGAUUCAACAAUAUGUUCGAGCACGUGUCUACACGGAUCGAUGAAAUAUACAAACAACUGUCGAGAAACCACAGCGCCCAGGCAUUCCUGGGCCCGGAGAAUCCCGAGGAACCUUACCUGGACGGCAUCAACUACAACUGUGUGGCCCCAGGGAAACGGUUCAGACCCAUGGACAACCUGUCCGGAGGGGAAAAAACUGUAGCAGCUCUGGCACUGCUCUUCUCCAUACACAGUUACCAGCCGGCUCCAUUCUUUGUGCUGGAUGAGAUUGAUGCAGCACUGGACAACACCAACAUUGGGAAGGUUGCCCAGUACAUCAAGGAGCAGUCUGAGGGCAGCUUCCAGUGCAUUGUCAUCUCCUUAAAGGAGGAGUUCUACAACCGGGCAGAUGCACUCGUCGGGAUUUAUCCUGAGCAAGGAGACUGUACCAUCAGCAACACCCUGACCCUUGACCUGACCAAGUAUCAGGACAGCACCAAGGGACAGGGCAGCCCCAGCAAGCGGUGAACUCGAGUAUAACCCUUGACCUGACCUGGCAGUGGCGCUUUGACCCCCGACCUUUGACCAGCUCCAUGAAGCUAAGCCCACGUUCAGUUGUUCCAUAUUGUGUCGUGAUCAUCUGUUGAUGACAGUGAACUUUAUUUAGCUAAUGUAGUGACGACAUAGCUCAGCGUUAGUCCUGCCAAGAAAGAAAAGUUGCACUCUUGUAACAUCAA